GACCACUUGAAAGUCUGCUCGCAAGGCUACACGUGCUGCUCUCAAGAAAUGGAGGAGAAGUACAGUCAGCAGAGUAAACAUGACUUCAGAAAUGCUGUCGUAGAGCUUAGCAAUCACCUACAGACCAUGUUUAGUUCCCGAUACAAGAAGUUUGAUGAGUUCUUCAAAGAGCUUCUUGAAAAUGCUGAGAAGUCACUGAACGACAUGUUCGUGCGGACAUACGGCCGUUUGUACAUGCAGAACUCGGAGCUGUUCAAGGACCUCUUCGUGGAGCUGAAGCGGUACUACGUGGGUGGCAAUGUCAACCUGGAGGAGAUGCUCAACGAGUUCUGGGCGCGCUUGCUGGAGCGCAUGUUCCGGCUGGUCAACCCCCAGUACCACUUCACGGAUGAGUAUCUUGAGUGUGUCAGCAAGUACACUGAGCAGCUGAAGCCGUUUGGGGACGUGCCGCGGAAGCUCAAGCUACAAGUGACACGAGCGUUUGUGGCUGCCCGCACCUUCGCGCAGGGCCUUGCCGUCGCAAGGGACAUUGUGAGCAAAGUGUCCGCGGUGAACCCCACGCCACAGGGUACGCGAGCGCUGCUGAAAAUGAUGUAUUGCCCGUACUGCCGAGGUCUGGUAUCGGUGAAGCCCUGUUACAACUACUGCUUUAACGUCAUGAGAGGCUGCUUGGCCAACCAAGGGGACUUGGAUGCCGAGUGGAAUAUCUUUAUGGAUUCGAUGCUGCUGGUAGCAGAGAGGCUGGAGGGUCCCUUCAACAUCGAGUCAGUCAUGGACCCCAUUGAUGUGAAAAUUUCAGAUGCGAUCAUGAACAUGCAGGAGAACAGCAUGCAGGUGUCUCAGAAGGUUUUCCAGGGAUGUGGCCAGCCAAAAACGCUUGCCCAGGGCCGGACUGCUCGCUCUGUCUCCGAAAGUGGUUUCAGCGCUCGUUUCAGACCCUACAACCCGGAGGAGCGGCCAACUACGGCCGCUGGCCCGAGCUUGGACCGACUGGUUACUGAUGUGAAAGAGAAGCUUAAGCAAGCCAAAAAAUUUUGGUCAUCUCUACCUGGCAACAUUUGCAAUGAUGAAAAGAUGUCCGUAGGCACUGUCAAUGAGAACGAGUGCUGGAACGGGAGCGCCAAAAGCAGGUACGACUUUGCGGUGACUGGAAAUGGCUUAGCAAGUCAAGUAAAUAACCCGGAGGUAGAAGUUGAUAUUACCAAGCCAGACAUGGUGAUUCGCCGGCAAAUCAUGGCUCUGCGGGUGAUGACCAACAAGCUGAAGAAUGCGUACAGUGGGAACGAUGUCGACUUCAUUGACAUAAGUGAGGAGAGCAGCGGGGAGGAGAGCGGCAGCGGCUGCGAGCUCCAGCAGUGCUCACCGGAGUUCGAGUUCAAUGCCACCGAAGUCACUGGGAACUCCAACAAGAGCGAUAAGAACGUGAACACUUCUGCCGCUACCAGGAGCAGUUUAUCACAAGCAGCCUUGCUCCUUAGCGUUUUGUUCAUGGCCGUACAAAGACAAUGGAGAUAAUUGUGCAGCAUAGCGGGGGGGGAAAAGACUUUUAUUAUCAAAAUUAGAAGGCACCUGCUUUCACUUUUAUACCAUCUAGGGACUUUGCUUUUUAAGUUAAUGGACAACAGUGUACAGUUUUUACUAUGUUGCCACUGGUUUUAAGAUACUGAUUUUUUUUUUCCCUUGCUAUUCUGGGAAUAACAGGAGCGGGGACUACCAGUCUGUCCCGUUCACAAAGAGUCCGUGCUAGAGGUGGAUAACAAAAAUGUAUAUACAAGCCUGUAGUUAGCUCAUUUGAGUCUUUAUCACUUUCCUUUUUUUUCUUUUUUUUUUUCCUUUUUUUAUUUUACCAUGUUUCUUACAAAGAAAAAAACAAAAAAAAACCCCAGGGUCUUCUCUUGGCCUGUAACAAGUAUGUGUUUCUGAAAUGAGAAAUAUCUGUACAGAAGCAGAUUUUAUUUAUCAUGUUAUCUUAUGGGGAAAAAAAUAAUUGCCCAACAAGCAGAAAACAUGUUUCAUGUAGUUAACUUCCCAUUUAUCCACAUUAUGUUAGUUGCCUUAUCUGGAAAGAAGUGGAAGUAAUUUGUCUUUAUUACACGGUAAAACAGGUGAAGGC